GAAAAAGAAAACGGGGAAGAAAAGGCAAAGAAACAAACUCUGAUUUCGGCGGGGAGUGUAGUUUCUAUUUAGAGCUAGAACAAAGGAGAAGUGCGUCCUUUCAAAUUGUAGAUUCUUUGGGGAAAAGAGGGACAGAACUUUAUCUGAGUUUGAAAUGAGUCUGGGUAGCUGCAAUGGUAAAGCUGCUUCCAGAAACAGGUAAACCUGACUUCAAAAAACCCCGCUUCAUGAAAUAUUAGUGCUUCACUUCAGUUGCUAUCUGAAGAAGUUCUGGUAGAGAGAAGAGCUCAGGGGCACAGGCAGAGUCAGCUCCCCAGUGGGCUGAAAGCUCCCUGCGGCUCCUGCAGUGCUAAUUAAGGGAGGGAGCAGCAGGGAGCUUGCAGUGACCAAGAGGGGGUUGAGGCUAAGAGGCCGCGAUAAACAGGAUGAUAAACAGGAUACGAUAAAAGCCCUUAACCAAGACACAGAUGGGAAGAAGAGUUAGAGCGAGCAGCACUCACAUCUCAAGAAAAAGAAGACACGACUGAUAACAUCUGAGAGGAAGGAAACUGCAUUGUGCUGGGAUCUGCAUGUCACAUUAUAAAAAACAAUUUUUAAAAAUAGACCAGUCUUUUAAACAGCUUCCAGAGAUGGAUUAUCUUACUUUACUUUUGGCUCUUCUUCAUGUAUACAGAGCUCUAUGUGAAGAGGUGCUUUGGCAUACAUCAGUUCCCUUUGCUGAGAAUAUGUCUCUAGAAUGUGUAUAUCCAUCAGUGGGCAUCUUAACACAGGUGGAGUGGUUCAAGAUCGGGACCGAGAAGGAUUCCAUAGCCAUUUUCAGCCCUACUCAUGGCAUGGUCAUAAGGAAGCCCUAUGCUGAGAGGGUUUACUUUUUGAAUUCAACGAUGGCUUCCAACAACAUGACUCUUUUCUUUCGGAAUGCCUCUGAAGAUGAUGUUGGCUACUAUUCCUGCUCUCUUUACAUUUACCCACAGGGAACUUGGCAGAAGGUGAUACAGGUGGUACAGUCAGAUGGUUUUGAGGCAGCUGUGCCACCAAAUAGCCACAUUGUCUCGGAACCUGGAAAGAAUAUCACACUCACCUGUCAGCCUCAGAUGACGUGGCCUGUGCAGGAAGUGAGGUGGGAAAAGAUCCAGCCCCGUCAGAUUGACCUCUUAACUUACUGCGACUUGGUCCACGGCAGAAAUUUCACCUCCAAGUUCCCACGACAAAUAGUGAGCAACUGCAGCCACGGAAGGUGGAGUUUCAUUGUCAUCCCCGAUGUCACAGCCUCAGACUCGGGGCUUUACCGCUGCUACUUGCAGGCCAGCGCAGGAGAAAACGAAACCUUCGUGAUGAGAUUGACCGUAGCCGAGGGUAAAACCGAUAACCAAUAUACCCGCUUUGUGGCUGGAGGGACAGUUUUAUUGUUGUUGUUUGUUAUCUCAAUUACCACCAUCAUUGUCAUUUUCCUUAACAGAAGGAGAAGGAGAGAAAGAAGCGAUCUAUAUACAGAGUCCUGGGAUACACAGAAGGCACCCAAGAACUAUAGAAGCCCCAUCUCUGCCAGUCAACCUACCAAUCAAUCCAUGGAUGAUACAAGAGAGGAUAUUUAUGUCAACUAUCCAACCUUCUCUCGUAGACCAAAGACUAGAGUUUAAGCUUAUUCUUGACAUGAGUGCAUUAAUAAUGACUCUUAUGUACUCAUGCAUGGAUUGUUAUGCAAUUUUUUUCCACUACCCAUGGUCUACCUUAGAUACUAGUUGUCUCAUUGAGUUCAUUUGGUAGGAAACGUACUUCAUUACCUAAAAAACAUUUUUCAUGGAACUGUUUCAGAAAACCUGACUCCAACUUGUUUAUAUACAAAAGAAAAUUUACUGAAUCAUGUAACAGAAUGAUCCAGGGGAGAUUAAGCUUUUGGCAAGGACUAUUUACCAGGGCUUAAAUGUGUCUAGAAUUAAGUAUGGGCAUAAACUGGCUUCUGAAUCCCUUUCCACAGUGUUGGAUCCAUUUCCUUGGUCUUGGCCUCACUCUCAUGCAGGUUUUCCUCUUGUGUUGGCAAGAUGGCUGCCAACUCUUGGCAAUUCAUACAUCCUUGUUUCUGUCUGGUAGAGAGUUUGCUUCUCUAAUAGAACCAACACAUUUGGUUACUUUUUCAUUGUUAAAUAGGCAUCAUGAUCAGAAACGAUGGAAUGGCUUAAGAAAACUAAGGGCUCACUUCUAGAGCUGAGAGCAGGGUCAAAGCACAAUACUAGGCAAUUCAGAGCAUGGUUAGAAGAGGGAACAGGAGUCUCAAAGCUGGGGAGUUUACCAACAAAUAUUGACUGCAGUGACUAACCAAGAUAUUCUUGGUUAACUAAAAAGUGAAAUAUGGGAUGGAUUCUAGAAAUGGGGUAUCUCUCUCCAUACUUCUAGAAUCCACGCUAUCAGCAUAGUCCAGAAGAGUACCUGGCAAUAGAAGAAAUGAAUAAUCAAGAGGAAGAUAAAUAUGAGAGGGCAAUCCCUUGCUAUUCUCAUAUAUAUUUAUCUCUCAUUCUGUAUAGAAUUCUUGCCACCAUCCCACGUCUAGCCUUAGGAGCAAAUGUAGUAGAUAGUCCAAUAAUAAAUAACUUAAUGUUUUGGACAUUGUUUUUCUUUUCUACUUUUGAGAAUUAUUUUUAAUAUGUAAAUUCUCUCAAAAGGGUCAGGCACCUAGUUGUUAUUUUUUAAUGAUUAUGUGAAACUUGAAUAUAAUAUACCACUAAAAGUGACAGCCGGAAGUGGUGGCAUAGGAUGAUAGGGUAGAAAUUUGAGAGGGAAAAAAGAAAUUGGGAGGGUACAGGCAACAGGAGAAAGGAAUCAAACCACAGAAAAAUACAAAGGGAAACUUCUGCUUCACAAUUUGGACAAAGACAGCCCUAAUGACUUCACCAACAGUCAAAGCAAUUAGAGGCCAUACCUGAUAUUGUUUGAAUUCUAGAUGUAGGCAAACAAUGAAAAGUAUUGGCCAAACUGAAUAAAACUGUCAUGGUUACCUUGAAAGGACAAUGGUCAUUAUUAAAUAUAGUGAUCAUUCAUGUCUAAAAGAUUCAUUAUUUGUCUCUAAAGAUUUCUAAAGACCACCAUCUAGAGAAGAUUCAUUAUGAAGACUGUAUUUAAAUAUCAAAGUUGUGGACUUCAUGAUAAUCUUAAAUGAAGCAAGUCCAAAUUCUCCUGUUGCCUAGACAGAUUCUAAGAUGUAAUUUACACUUUUAAGCUAAUUAGUGAGUGUUUUAUGAUUUUAGCCUUAAACACCAUGUAUGCCAAAUAGUGCAAUUAUUUUGUGAAUUACAGAAAUGGUAAGUGCCCACAUUUCUGUGAAUUAUAAAAUUUGUGAGGUUUUUUAAAACCCUUUUCAGGAGUGAAAAAAUUAAAAUGACCAUUUCCUAGUUGUACUUAAGUAAAUGCAAGAAGAGUAAACUCUCAUUUUUAUUAUGUUUGCAUAAAUAUAUUUUCAUACCUGGAUUCAUGAAAUAUUUCCACAAAUAUAUUAGCGUAACAAACUUGAAAGGUAGUUUACAAGAAAACCCUCUAUCAGAUCAAUCAAAGAUUCCAUGAGAUAAUUUAUUGGUUUGCAUGGUGAAGCAAGCUUAGCAUCAAUUAAAAGGUAAAUAAUUGCUUUUCUGAAUGGUGAAGACAAUCAAAAUAUUACUUUGUGGAAAACUCCAAUAACCAAAUUCUCAAUGAUUAGUGUAUGUGAUCAGGAAAACAUUUUUACAAUUGUAGUAUGGGGAAAUAUAAAUCCAAUUUUAAGAGAGAAAAUGAUGACUGGGUGUGGAAGGGAGAGCACAGUCAGAUACCAUUGUCAUGGUGGUUUUUACUGGGAACUUCGUGGAAGACGUUUGUAGCAAACCACUGAAGUGUUGCAAAGCCUCCAGAGCAUUUGGGACUUGUCUCUUUUUUCUUGCGUGUUUUCGUGUUUUUGGUCUCUCAUUCAAAAUAUUGAUGAGAACUAUUUACUCUGUCAUUUCUUCUCUAUAUAUUCUUCCUCUACAGAGUGUAGGAUUUUUUUCAGGAAUUUGGAGCCAUCCUAAGUUCUCCCAAAAAUUUUCUGACCUCCUCUGAUGCUCCUGUUAUACCCUCAGGGUUAAUGCUUGUGAAAUUCCAUUCAUUCAUUUCUUUCCCUGGACGUCUUUACUUACCAAAGGACUUUCAUUGUAAUCUUUUUAACAUCAUCCCUAAUUCGUGAUAGUUUUGGAACUCUCCGUAGUGUAUGUUUCUCUACCUCUACUGUUUUGCACCUAUGAUUCUGAUUGUUACUACGAAAUCAGAUCAAAACAGAUCCACAGAAUAAAAGAUCAGAAUUCCAGUAAAUUAUGUUAUAAAUACAGAUUUUUUUUUUUACAAGUUGCUGCUUUGGAAGCAAAAUGCUCCUCAAGUUUUAUAUAUGUAUACACAUGUAUAUAAUUUAUAUUGAUGGAUAAUACAACAUUAAAUAAGAAUCUAUGCUUCCUUCGAAUGCCAUUAACAUUUACAUUAAAGUAACCAAUUAAAGGAAAUUACUUUGUGAUAAUAAGGUAGGUAGAUUUGUUCAAUGUCAUUGUGGAGUACCCAGUUUUGUCAGGGAAAGAACACAUCUUAUUGAACUAUGAUGACUAUGAAUUGACUAUAUUAUUAUAAGAGAUACCUUCAACCUUUAUUUUAAAAACUUUAUGUAGAAUAUGUUGAGAAAAUAAAAUAGAAAUUUCAUUUACCCCGAUCAUGCUUAAAAUGGGAGGCAGGUAGCUGAGUAUAUAAUUUUUAAUUAGUAAAAACUCAAAUUUAUGUUUUAAGUAAUUUAGUUUAUUAUUAAAGUACUAUAUAUAUAAACUUAAAAUACAUGGGUUAUCAAUUUAAAAGACAGUAAUUAAAAAUACUUUUAGUAGGCAUUCUUUUAUUGUGAGCAUACAAGUUAUAUUGGUUUAUAUAGAAUGGCAUUAAGUAAAAAUUACAGUUGUAUGACAGUAAUUUUCUAAAUUGGGAGAGUCCGCGUUGUAAGUAGAGAUCACUGUGACCAAAUUGCUUCUCCUUGAUUUAUAAUGAUAUACUGUAUUUUGUACUGCUUAUAUGAAAUUUCAGCAAGAUUGAUGAUAUUAUAAAGAUGCUUAUAAAGUGCAAGUGGAGAUGCUAAAUUGUGAGUACAAAGAGGUUUCUUUUCACAACAGUGAUAAGAAAAUUCUUUAAAAAAAAUAAGACAACAUAAACAUGUCACCAUUAGUUUAGCUACUAUUAAAAUGUAACAUCUAGAAAGUAUUGACCUUCACCUUCAGACUUCUGUGUAAGUUAGUAUAUUUUUUCACUGAUCUGUUCAUUAGAAUUCUUCUAGCCAAGACUCUGGGCUCUUAAAACAUUUAUCUGAAAACUAAAAACAAGUUUAGUUUUUAAAAAGCUUCUCUAUUUCUAGUGAUUCAAUAGGUAGAAAAACAGCUUCUAGAAUUAACUGCAAUGCUUUCUAAGGAAAUUUUAUAAAUCCUCAAGGUCGGUUUACAUAUAUUUUUCCAGAUUCAAAGCACUAACUAUGUUGUAAGAUGUUGUAAGAAAAGGUCUAUUUGGAAGUAUGGGCGAUAAAUGCAUGGGAUAAUUCUGGUUUAUUUUCUGUUAUCCUUGUUAGAAUAAGUUAUAUGGUCAACCUGUCUAGAAUACUUUUUCCAGUGUUAGUGUGUACUUUUGAAUUUUUGGUUCUUGUAGUGUAUAGAAAUAUUUUCCUAGAUGUAGUGUAUUCUGUUGUUUUGAAUGAAUAAAACGCAAUGUUUCUC